AUGGCAUCAUCAUCCGAGAAGAAGAUCAUUCUCAAGAGUAACGAUGGUGAGAUCUUCGAGGUCGAACAGACGGUUGCAAUGGAAUCCAUAACGAUCAAAUAUUUGAUCGAGGACAAAGGUGCCGAUGACACGGCUAUCCCUAUUCCGAGUGUAACCGGCAAAAUUUUGGCGAAAGUUAUUGAGUAUUGCAAGAAGCAUGUUGAGGCACCAAGUGCCAAAGAUAAACCCUCUGUCGAUGAGCUUAAGAAAUGGGAUGAUGAAUUCCUCGAGGUUGAUCUAGCUACUCUCUACGAUCUCAUCGAAGCUGCAAACUAUUUGAACAUCAAGAGUUUGUUGGAUUUUACAAGUCAGGCUAUUGCUGAUAUGAUGACAGGUAAAACACCUGAGGAGAUUCGCAAGACAUUUGGCAUUAUCAAUGAUUUCACUCCCGAUGAAGAGGAAGAAGCUCGUCGCGAAAACCAAUGGGCUUUUCAGUGA